GAAGGGAUGCAGCUUGGAAUUCUAGUGGUAGCUAGCUAUGCAACGAAUGGACUGGAUACUCUGGUCAUCGAGCGAAGUAUUCAUAGUUAUUUUAUGCUAAACAGCUUUUUCAAAGAAACAAGUAGAACGUCUGAAGUCGUGAGAAGAUCAAUAUCAUGCAUUUCAUACAUGCAGGAGGGAGGGAUCAAUUGCAAGUACUUGGACUGAACCAGACUAGGUAGCUAGCGCUCUAGCUAGGUAACUAGCCAGCCUAGCUAAAUUACCGGCGUUAGCAACGACUUGCAUCACCCUGGUAACAUUAGGCUAGCUAAAAUGAUAACUGGUGGUUUGUACCUGACGCGAUAUUAGAGCGAAACAGUUGUAUUUACUCAAGAAGCUUGAUAACAUAGCUAGCUAAUUGGUACAGACAGCCGAAAUUAGCCAACAGUAGCUAGCUAGCUUCAUUUGUUAGCUAACGUUAACCCUCUCGCGCACUGCUAAAAUGACAUGAAGAACAUCUAUUGGUAAUGAAUCCUCAUUUUUUGCACGACUGAUGUUAAAUGCAACUUUGUUGCUAAUGUUUCCGUUAGUAAAACAUUGCGUCGCUACAUGCAUGUUAGUGUGGUAUAUGCGUGAAGCAUAGCUAAACCUUGUCCAUGCUUGCCUGUGUAUCUGGCUAACUAGUUAACGUUAGGUAGCCACAGUUUGGGUUUUAAUUUGUCAUAAAACCAAGAAGACGCUGACGCAUGGUAUGUAACUCGUUCUUUUGUGGCUAUUCGAGAUUAAUAUGGAUUAUCAGUAAUGACAUGUGUUUGCUGACACUGGCUACAUAGGCAACGAGAAGAUAUUGAUCCGCAGUUAAAGGGAGAAUAUUUCAUUACUAGUGGCUAGUUAAGUUAACGUUCUGUUUUUUUUUUUACCGAUAUUGUCUGCAUAACUAGCUAAUCGAUUGCUAGCUAACAACAACUGGAUAACGAAGAAACCCAUUCUAUGUGGAUGAGACAUUUAAAUUGAAGUUAUUGCUUGGCUAUCUACCUAUAUGCCAUCACCCCAACAACCCAUUUGUUUUAUCUGGUCAUCUAUGGCUGUUAGCGGGGUGAGUCUUAUUUCUCAGGCCGGGGACGUGGAUGCCCCGGGAGCGGCUCUGGCUGCUAUGUCCUCUUCCAAUACGUCAUUGUCCGCCAACCCCACGCCAGAUGCGGACACCCGUGGCUGCGAGAACGGUGCCUUGAUGGACUCUUUCGGCAUCUUCCUGCAAGGCCUGCUAGCGAUGGUGGCCUUCAGUACGCUGAUGUUAAAGCGCUUCAGGGAGCCCAAGCAUGAGAGAAGACCCUGGAGGAUCUGGUUCCUGGACACCUCCAAACAGGCCAUUGGGAUGCUGUUCAUUCACUUUGCCAAUGUCUACCUGUCUGACCUCACAGAGGAGGACCCCUGCUCACUUUACCUUAUUAACUUCCUCCUGGAUGCGUCUCUGGGCAUGCUGCUGAUCUAUGCCGGGGUGAGGGCUGUCAGUGCCAUUGUAGAGUGGAGGCAGUGGGACGCUCUACGCUUUGGAGAAUACGGAGAGCCGGUGCAGUGCACUGCGUGGGCGGGCCAGUGUGCUCUCUACAUCCUCAUCAUGAUGUUUGAGAAGGUCCUCAUCAUCCUGGUCCUACUCAUCCCACAGUGGAAGAAGCUGGCUCUCCUGAACCCCAUAAACAAUCCUCAGUUGGAGCUGGCCAUCGUCAUGCUCAUCGUCCCGUUCUUCGUUAACGCCCUGAUGUUUUGGGUGGUAGAUAACUUCCUGAUGAAGAAGGGGCGGACAAAAGCCAAGCUGGAGGAGCGGGAGGUGGGGGAGGACGUGCGGGGCAACCGUAAGGUGCGCUACAGACGGGCACUCUCCCACGACGACUCAGAGUCUGAGAUCCUGUUCUCGGCUGACGAUGAGAUGGACGACUCAGACGAGGAGGAUGUGCGCCGGCUCACCGGCCUCAAGACGGUCAAGAAAAAGAAGCACCGUAUGGGGAUCCCUGUUUAACCUGGGCCUACCCAGGCUGACCUGGUCUAACCCACUCGUGUCCACUCGCCUCACGUCCCCACUCUCUCCCUCUCCAGGCCCCGCUGCCCUGACUGGAGCCUCCUGGGAACAUGUCUAGAUUCCUCUAACAGCAGGCUUGUAUUGGUCUCUUUGUGGAGUGAGUAGGGUGCCUCUGUAGGGAGGUGGGAUCAUGGAGGACUGCAGAUCAUGGAGACUAUUGGACUGCAUUUACUACACAUUCACAUGGGACUCCUGCAGCCUCUACACUGGGAAUAUAAACACUUGGAAAAGUAUUUUGCUGCAGCUAACAACAUACCAUGUCUGAGAUUUCACCAUAGAUCUAUCACUCGUGGUUGUGACACUCAUUGGGGAAAUUAAUUAUUAUGAUUGGGAAAACCGUUAACACUGGUGUAUAGUAGGAACAUUUGGAUGUGGGUGAUGCAGUAUAAUUGCUUGCACCCCUUCACUGUGGUUCCACACUGACUCUUAAGAGGCCCAGGAUAAUAUUAACUGCAUCAGGUUAAGCUGUGAAUGGUUGUUACUUUUUCUGUGGUUUAGCAGGUGACCCCUGUUGGAUGUAGAGGGAGAGAACAGGCACCUGGGAUUGCGCUCAGCGUUUUCCCCUGCCUUCAAGCAAACCUCUGUCAUUUUAACAUUUUAAUGCAUUUGAUACUUAUCUUCCAAAUCUAAAAGUGAUUGUAUUCCUCAUUUAGAUUCCAUAUAUAAAAUGUAUGUGCUCCUCAGCUAGGCUGACUGCAAUGGCCUGUCAUAAGAGUUGGUGGAGGUGUGUGUCUGUCUGUGUGAAGUUCCCAUUCAUGCAUGUAAGGUAAUGUGGGAAGUUUAGGAUGCUCCUAUGGAGGCUUUGCUCUGUAAACAUGCAGUGUUUUAUAAUAACCACAGCACUGACGUUUCUAACUCCUUUAAGCCUAUAUCAUGACUGCAGAGGGAGGACAGGUCAGGACAGUGCAGCUUGGCUGUGCGUGUCUCAACCAUGCACCACCCAACCUUUAACCCAAGGGACCAAGACCCCUAUUCCAGGCGUACCCAGUGAUGGUACAGCCAGGGUUUAGGUCUGCAGGCCUGGAUCGGACCCUUCUUUCUCUGUGUAUGUGUGUAUGACUGUUAAAUGGGAUCUCUUCUGUUACCUAUUUAUUCCUUGUCUUUGGUGUGUCCUGUUUAUAAUUUUUUUUUACAGUAAGUAAUUUUGGGCCAAAACCAUGAGGCUGAACCAACACCAUGCGUUCUUAAUUCAGAGACGGAGUAGAUAUGGGACAUGAGGGUGUGUCCUCACAACCUACUCUCUGCUCUUGACCACAUUACUGGUCUAAGGAUGUUCUUUGUUUGUUUUGUAUUUAUUUUGUGUUGUUCAUACUUUGUUUUCGACAAUGUGCCUGUGUGAAUUUACCGUGUUUGUGGGUGUUUAUCUUGUGCCUCAGAUCUUCAGACUUGCAGUAGCAUUCAGUUGGUUUGGCUCCGAUGUUGAGAACUUGACAGAAGCUCUUACCUCUAGACUGGGAGUGACUUUUGGACCGGUGUACAGCCUACAGUACGGUGGAGAGAGCAGAGCGGGUAUGUGUCAGUGUGUGCAGUGUUUUAGUACUCGACUGGUCUCUGUCUCGAGUCCAGUCUCGAGACCACAUAUUGAGUGUCUCGGUCUUGUCUUGGUGUCGGGAACAUUUGUACUCUGUCUUGACUCGGUCUCGGACAGUGAGGACCCGUAAUUUCUUGCCAAGACCAACAGAGUAAAAAAUUUAUAAUUAUCAGCUUCCAUUCAGUCAGCGCAUAAAUCCGCUUCGCCAGGCCAAAUAUACAGUGCAU